CCCGCAUUCGCGACGGAUCGGACCGCCUGGAUCACUAGCAGAACUAUAUCAGAUCAUUCAUGCAGCCGAGUUUAGGACAGAGACGUCCACGAAAACGUGUAAGCAUUUGGAGGAGUUUAAAAAAGAAGAAGAUAAGGAAAAGUACACAUAUUUGCACCAUGGCAGCACCAACCAAUCCAGCUGAUGAAUUAGGCAACCGGGAAGAUGUGGAGCUUGCUUGGGCCGUGAAGGCUUAUCACCAUGCUGAAACAUACUUCAAUUUGAUAUCAUCAUUGGACUCAACAGCAUUGAGACUGACGAAGCAUGAUGAUGAAAUCCAUCAGCAUUUUAAGCAUGACUUUCCUGAUAUGAAGAUUGACAUCAUUGAUCCAGAUGAUCUUAAAAGUGAUGAAGCAAAAAAGAAAUGGCGAGUGUUUUGCAAUCAUUUUGAUGGGACAGUAGAAGAUUUCAACUACGGAACUAUUUUGAGGCUAAAUUGCACUGAAGACUACUCAGAAAAAAACUCCAUUUUUGUGACCAGAGUCCAGUUCUUUGCCAUCGAGAUCGCUCGGAAUAGAGGAGGUUUAAAUCUAGCUCUAAGGAAGGUGUCUCCAAAGGCAACAGAGAAUAAAGAAAUGAAAGAAACACUCACCAAUCCUGAUGAUGCCAAAACAGAGGAAGUCGCUUCAUAGCAUAUGGUCUAGACGCCAUGAGAACUGUACUAUAUCUUAUCUAUAUUUAUCAUCCAAACCAGCAAGAUCAGAAUCUCAAAGUGGACUUCUUGUAAAGAGCCAAACAUGUGUAGCUAUAUUUUUGUCAUGUAGUUUAUUGCCAUCUAAAUGAGAAUAGAAGGUAUCCAUUAUAUUGUAAGCUCUACUCCGUUAUAAAAAUUAUGUUAGCUGACAUUGAGGAUACAACAAGGAUUUAACAAGGGUCUAGGGAUGUUAUAUCCUUUCCAAGAUUGCUUUAUAAUUUCAUGUGGGAAAUUCUUGAUUAUUUUUGGAGGUGAAUAUAUGUUAUUUAUGCAGACGAUAUGCAUGCAGUAUAAAAUGAAGAGAUGUUGCAUUCUCUUCUCUUGCUUCUCUUGAAGCUAUCCCGCUUGAUUACGUUCAGGUCGUCUUCCAUAUCAAAUGCAUGCAGCUAAGAGGAUGCAAACAGUGGGUAUGCAUACUGUUGCUUGGUUAUGUUGUAUGGUACCCUAUUUUAUGUGAUAUACCAUGCAAAAGAAGGGUGUUAUGUAGUGCACGUUCAUGCGUAACAAAUUAUGGAGUGCUGCAAGAUUAUUUAUAUUUUCAGCUAAGAGGGUGUUCUCUAAUACAUAUUUUGUGUCAUGAAAAGAAUAAACGAAACGAGUCUUGAAGCAGUGGGAUAAAAUAUAUCCAAACAUUUAAAAAUACCGGGUACUCAAAUCUUUAAACUCAGCGUUUAUUUAUGCUGUCUGCUACCAAGAAUCUUCUACAAACCUAUACAUGUACAUGAAUUUUCUGUGGGGGAAUUAAUAGUGGUCGUUAUGUACAGGUGGUCAUUAUAGACGGAUGGUCACUAAGGCAGGUUUGUCUGUAGCUUCAUUUUUUAAACUGAAUACAGAAAAUACUAUACAUGAAUCUUACAGUUGAGUGUUAAAAAUCUGUGUUGAUUAUCACUGAAUGUAUCUUUUAACCACAAAAAGCAAAUGAAAGCAUCUAGGUAUCGCAGCUUAUUCAAUUUUGCUAUAUAGUGUAUAUAUAUAUGCCAGUAGUAUCGUAUGUUGAUAGAUAAAAGCUGUAAGAGACUCUGGUUUACAACAUUGGACAAAGGGGGUAAAUGGGACAAAUACAUUUGUAAAAUUUAAGCAUCAAGUUUUUAUUCAUAACAUUUUGCUUGUUCAUAUUGAAGUUGAUAGUGUUGCAUGCCAUUUUAAAUUGUCCAUACCAUUUCGAUUUCCAAGAAGAAAGGCAAUCUUUUUGGCCUGAAUUCACAAAGGAGGUUUGUUGACAAACCAAGGUUUAUGUGCACCAUACGACACGUUUUGACACGUUUUUACAAACCUUGGUUUGUAAAAAACAAAAGGUUUGUCGAAACAAAAGGUUUGUCGACAAACCUCCUUUGUGAAUUCGGGCCUUUAUGUUUGAGAUUGUGUGUCUGUAAAAUGGUGCCUGGCUGGAAAGUUCACCAGGUUGCACUGUUUUUUGUUCAUGACUUUUUGAAAUGUGUUUUGCCUGUAAUACUUUUUAACAUGAAAUGUAAUCAUUGGAAAUCUUCUGCUUCUCCAUUUGAUAUAGGUUUUAUUUUUGAUCUAGUAUUGGAGAGGCAUUGACAAUUCUUGUUUUCUUCUUAUCAGUAACUUGCUUUAAAUCAUAAAAACUGAUUGUAAUGCAAUCAUUGCCUGAAAUUUCUCUGUUAAAUGUACAUGGUGCAGGUACAUGUAUAGCACAUAAGAUGCUAUAACUUUUUUGUGCCCUCGAUCAAUCUUAUGUCUUGGUAGUAGCUAUCGGGUCUUGGGAAUGAGCUUUACAUAUGAUACGCGUAAAUAGUCGCUUAUUAUACAAAUGAGUUAUGAUGUAUGUGGCACAGUAAUUGUAAUCAUGAUUAAAAUGUUUUUAAAAAACUCUGUAAAACAAA